AGCAGCAGGGCGCAGCGCCCAGCGCCACGGGCACCCCGAGGAGGCAGCACCCAUCCCGAGGCCCGGGCCUCCCAGAAGCACCAAUGGAGAAGGACGUCGAUGGCUGCCAGGAUGGGGCCAAGACGCUGCCAAGCACCGGGCUGGGCACCGAGGGGGCAGAGACACAGCUGGACGAUUUUGUGGGUGCUCACCCUGACUACAAUGAGGAGGAGGAGGAGCAGAAGUACUUUCGCCGCAAGCGCCUCGGUGUCAUCAAGAACGUGGUGGCCGCCAGCCUGGCUGGCACCCUCACUUACAGCGUCUACCUGGGCCUUCUGCAGAUGCAGCUGAUCCUUCACUAUGAUGAGACCUACCGGGAGGUGAAGUACAGCAACAUCCGGCUGGAGGACAUCGACCACAAGGUGCUGAUGGGCAUCAAUGUCACGCCCGUGGCGGCGCUGCUCUACACACCCAUCUUCAUCAGGUUCUUCGGCACCAAGUGGGCCAUGUUCCUGGCCGUCGGCAUCUACGCCCUCUUCGUCUCCAGCAACUACUGGGAGCGCUACUACACGCUGGUGCCCUCGGCGGUGGCCAUCGGCAUGGUCAUCGUGCCCCUCUGGGCCUCCAUGGGCACCUACAUCACUAGGAUGGCCCAGAAGUACUACGAGUACGUUAACUACAAGGAGGAGCAGGAGAAGGAGAGGCAGCGGAGGCCGCGGGACGCCUGCAAUGCCUACAUCAUCGUCUUCCAGACCGUCUUCUACUCCUGCUUCCACUUGAGCUUCGUCUGCGCUCAGAUGCCCAUGGUCUUCUUCCUCAACAACUACCUCUACCAACUCAACCACACGCUCUUCGCGGUGAAGCACUGCGGGACCCUGAGCCACGGCACCCUGCCUGGCUUCAACAAGACGGUGCUGCAGAGCCUUCCCCGCAGCGUCAGCCUCAUCAUCGUGGAGAGCGCGCUGAUGGCCGCCGCCUUCCUGGCCAUGCUGGUGGUGCUGGUGCUGUGCGGCGCGGCGUACCGGCCCAUGGAGGAGAUCGACAUGCGCAGCAUUGGCUGGGGCAACAUCUUCCAGCUGCCCUUCAAGCACAUGCGGGACUAUCGCCUGCGGCACCUCUUCCCGUUGUUCAUCUACAGCGGCUUCGAGGUGCUCUUUGUCUGCACUGGAUUUUCCCUGAACUACGGCGUGUGCGCCCUGGGGCUGGAGAGGUUGGCGUAUCUCCUCAUGGCCUACGGCUUCUCCGCCUCGGCGUGCUCCAGCCUGGCCCUGUGCAUGCUGUGCCUGCGCCGGCAAAUCCCGCUCCUGGCUGGAGCCUUCAUCCACGCUGCGCUCCUGGUGACGCUCUUCUGCUGGGCGCCGGAGCCCCGGUACCUGGCGCAGGCGCCGCUGCUCUACAGCAUUGCCGUGCUCUGGGGCGCGGGCAGUGCCCUCAACAAGACCGGAAUCAGCAUCCUCCUGGGGAUGUUGUACAAGAAAAAGGAGCGCCAAGACUUCAUCUUCACCAUCUACCACUGGUGGCAGGCUCUGGCCAUUUUCACAGUCUACCUGUGGUCAGGGCUGCCCAUGAAGGCCAAGCUGUCCAUCAUGCUGCUGACGCUGGUGGUGGCGGUGGGGACGUACCUGUGGAUGGAGAGGAAGGUGGUGCAGAACAUGGAGGUCCGGCUGCCCCGCAUCCCGCGGCCGCGCCACAAAACGCGUGGAUACCGCUACCUGGAGGACAACUCGGAUGAGACUGGCUCCGACGGGGACGGGGACAAGGAGGACAAUGACAAGGAGGACAAUGACAGGCACCCAACUGAGGCCGCCAGCGAGGAUGAGCUGCCAAAAGAGGACGGGGAGCAGCUGGGAUAGGGUCAGCCUGGCCGGGGCCCCAUCCUGCUCUUGGCGCCUGAGCGGGUUCCGCAGCUCCCCCCGGCCCCAAAAUUCUGCUAAUUCCCUCAGGUCAGGCUUGCAGCCCCUCAAGCUAAGCCUAAAGCCCCCAGGCAGCCCAGAGCCCCCCACAUUGGCUGACAGACCCCCAGACUGCAGCCUCCAGAUUGACCUACAUUCCCCCAGAUUGUGGUACAGAGACCCCCAAGUUGUGGUACAGUCCCUAAGGAGGCCCACAGCCCCCCAGAUUAUGAUGCAGUUCCUCAGGUCAAACCUGCAGACCCUCAGGGCCCCCACACACAAAUCCACAGCCAUUUAGACAAGGCUCACACCCCGCCAGGCAGAUUGCAGCUCCCCAAAUUUGGCCGAAGCCCCCCCAGGUGAGGCUCACAGACCCCUGAGCAGAUGCACAGACAUUCGAGCAAGGCCUGUAGCCCCCUACAAUGUCCCAGGCAGACCCCCAGCCCUCCCAUAUUAGCCCCCAUUCAGACCCCCAGACCACACAGGGCCACCCAGGAGCCCCAGGCAGAUCGUCACCCUCCCAAACCGGCCCACAGCCCUUCAGACCAGCCCCACACGCAUCCCAGGCAGACCCUGCAGCCCUCCCCA